AUGAAGCUCUCGUCGCUCCUCGCCAUGCUGGGCGUGGCCACCACGGCCACGGCGUUCAUGCCAGCGGACCGCCCCCGCAACGCCCAGGAGUUCCGGGCCAAGCACCCGGUCGCGAGGCGCGCCGACUCGGGCUGCCGUCGGCGCUUCACGCCGCGGGCGUCGACGCACGACCUGGACGACGUCUCGGCCGAGUUUGAGCAGGCCGUGCGCGACGCCAACAACGGCGGCACCGUCCACCUGCCCAAGGACCAGCUGUUCGUCAUCGGCAAGCCGCUGGACCUGACCUUCCUCAACGACAUCCACGUCAAGCUGGAGGGCACCAUCAGGUUCACCAACGACACGCCGUACUGGCAGGCCAAUGCCUUUUACCACCCCUUCCAGCGCUCCCUGAUGUUUUGGAAGUGGGGCGGCAAGGACAUCAAGAUCUAUGGCGAGGGGGUCUUGGACGGCAACGGGCAGAGGUGGUGGAAUGAGUUUUCUGGACUGGAGAUUCUCGACCCAGACAACCCAUACCUUCGCCCGGUGCUCUUUUACGCCGAAAACACAACCAACCUGCACGUUGAGGGAAUCUUUAUGAAGGACUCGCCCGUCUGGCACAAUUUUGUCGUCACCUCCAAGGAUGUCACAUACAAAGACGUCAUCAUUGAGGCAAUCUCCAACAAUGCCACCUCCCCGCCCAAGAACUCGGACUUUUUCAACUCGCUCAACGUAGACGGCGUCACCGUGGAGCGCGUCUGGGUCAACAUUGGAGACGAUUGUUUCAGCCCCAAAAGCAACACGUCCAACGUCCACGUCAACACCAUGUACUGCAACGGAACUCAUGGGCAGUCCAUGGGCUCGCUGGGACAGUACGAAGGAGAAGUUUCCAUUGUCGAGAACGUUUUGAUUGAGAAUGUUGCCUUGUUAAAUGGUGACAAUGGUGCCAGACUCAAGAUCUGGGCUGGCGAGUCUGUUGGUUCAGGCUGGAUCCGCAACGUCACUUUCCGCAACUUCUACGCCGCCAACCUCGACUUUGUCGCCCGCCUCGACUCGUGCUACUUCAACAUCCCCAGCGAGACCUGCAACCGUUUCCCCUCCAAGAUGAGCAUCCAGGACAUCACCUUUGAGAACUUUAGCGGCACCACCAGCGGCAAGAACGGCGACGCCGUCGCCCGGCUGACCUGCUCCACCAGCCCCGACGCCGUGUGCGAGAACGUCGUCUUCAAGAACUUCAACAUCACGAGCCCCUGCGGCGGAGCGCCCGUGGUCAUCUGCGACGGCAUCACGGGCCUGCAGCACGGCUGCGUGGCAUUUGACAGUGCCGAGGCAAAGGCUGCCAUGGAUAACAAGUGCAAGGCGCCUGUGGCCAGCAUCGAGCCGCCGUGGCCGGUCAGGGACUGGAGGAACAGCAAGUAA